AUGGACUUGGUGUCCUUGCUAUCCAGCAGUGUCGAAAUUGCCAACGAGCCACUCCCAAGACAAUCCUGCAUGUCCACGCCCGUCGUCAGCAUCAAGGUGCGCAAAGAAGACUUGGCGCAAAGCGAAGGCAUCCAAUUCUCCACCGUGAUCCAAGAAGCCACGAAGAGAUACCGCCGGGGCGGGCCAGCCGAUCAGGAGGCCAAGCGCUACUUCCCUUUCCCAUCCCAGGUAGUGUGCGUCGAGGAAUGCCUGCAGAUCAUCGUCCGCACGUUCAUCGGGCGCUCGCUGCGGUGGUCCGAGCAGCACGAGUCCACCUUCGGAAAUGGCGACAGGGAGGAGCCGGUGGCCGGGGACCAGCUGCGCUAUUCGCGACCGACCUUCUUCGCGUCGCUCUCCGAGGAGCUCAUUGGCUUGACGCCCGACGAGCGGUGGUGCAUGCGGCACGCCCUCCACCACAUCGGCAACAUCGCCCGUUGCCACCCGGGGUGCCUCCCGAAGGGCCUCAUCCGCGCGGAGGUGGAGUCGCUGCGCCUGGCCGUAAGGGACGGGGCCCUGGAGGGCGUGUGCAUCCCGUGCCCUGACGAUGCCGUGCCCCAGAUCACAUUCGUGCGGCCACCGUGCCUACCCCUGGGCCCCCAAGGAACGGCCACGGUGGAGGUGUCGCUGGGGCGCUGGCAGUCAAGCUGGAGGCUGCUGGUGGUACACAACGGAAGCCUCGCCGGGGAGUUUUCUUUCGCGGGUGGCUCUGAGGACACGGGGCAGGCGGGGGCUGGGGAGGGCCGGGUGGGCGGGAGCGAGGGGGACGCUGAGCUGGUUCUGCGCGUGGUGGUGGUGGUGAGGGAGACUGGAUUGAAGAUGAUAAGGAGCGUGAAUCUUGGAGAAAACAUCCCUGGCACGGUGAUCUUCACGGUCGUUGGCCAUCCGGGCAGCUCCACGCCCUCCGUCAGCACCUCCACCCCACUGCUGGUCCUGUAUCCAGACGCUGCACAAGAAAUCAACCGCGUCUUCGCGAAAAUGGUGGAGAGGAUGGAGGCACGCCACGGCGGCGGUCCAUGCGCCGGGGACGCCAUGGCUCGCACCUGGCGCACCUGCUUCAAGAAUCUGGCCGUGGACAUUGAGUACCUCAUGGCGUCCCUGCCGCUCUGGCGGGAGUGGAAGGGCGGCGACGGGCGGACUCAGGAGCAAUGCCACGAGACGCUGGAAAAAGUUUCUGAGUAUCUGGCCAGGAACCAUAUGUGGGAGACCAUCGCUUUCCUGUUGAAGACAUUCGUCCAGGGCUCCGGUACCAUCUGCGUCAUGGACAAGCCCCUGUCAGGGGACCAGCUGACGACCAGCUUGCUUAAGUGCGUGUACGCCAUGACCUCCCAGAUGAAGCCAAACCCCAAUAGGUCCAAUUUUCAGUGCAAUGCCGCGUACGAAAACAGAGCCCAGGGCCGCCGCCCGGGAGCAUGCCUCCCGACCUGGAUGUCCCGAGUGUCCGCGGAAGAUUUCGCUGCACUGCUGCACGAGAAAACCCAACGUGAUUAUCGCGAAGAGAUGAAGGACCGAAUGGAGUCCUGGGUUGCGGACACCAUGGCAGCUUGCGGCUUUGAGGAUGGCGGGCCGUCCAGCCGCGAGGCGCCCUCUAGGAGUCAGGACCAGUCUGUUGAGCCCAGCGCUCUGACAACUACGGCGCGGCAGCUGCCUGGGCGCGUUCGAAAGGGGUGGGGAGUUUUGCGGUGCGUCGGGGCGGUCGUUGAGGCAAGGGAAUCGGUGUUUGGAUUCCAGUGCCAGUCUUUGGAGGCCAGCUACCACAGGUACGUGAACAGGGAACGGGCCGUCGUGGACUUGGCGAUGGUGACAGCCAGGCUGGCGUCCUGCGCACUGUUGGCAUCCCAGGUGGAUGAUGCCGGCAGACACCUUCCACAAAUUUUGACUUGGAAUUUGAUAGGCCCCAUGCUUUUGGUGAUGCUUAUGGUGUGGGGGGACGCAUACGAAAAGAGGAGGGAGCGGGUGGCGAUAAGCAUCCGCGUGGUGAAGGUGUGCUCGACAGUGGCGCUGCGGAUGAAUUGGGGGCUCUCGGGCGGAAUUCCGGGAAAGGUCGCCAUCAAUGCAGGCCAGCUGAUAUGGGAGGCUUUGGUGUUCCCCGUGUGGCUGCAGGUCAGUUUGAGGGCACAACUCGUCCUGGGGCUGCCCGAGGCGCUGCUGAUGGCAAAUUCGUGCUGGAGGACAUCUGGUGGCCUGUGCCGACAUGAAUGGCUCCCGGCGGUGACAUCUUAUGCUGCGUCCUGCGCGGCGGUGUUCGCCGUCGAGUGCCUUUUCCGGCGAGCGUUCCUUGAGGUCCAAGUCAGGGGAAAUUCUAAGUGA